GAUAACCAAAACAAUCAACAUUUGUGUUCUUUUGCACUUGUCUGGAAUUUUUCUAAAAGGCUCAUUGAGAAUUUAGUAUGUUCAAAAGACCACAUUAUUGGUGAGACCUAUUCCUCUUCCUUCAGCCUAGAUAAUCAUAGUUUUUUUCUAUUUUUCCUUAAUCUACAGGCAGAUGCUGAUAACAAGACAUCCCAUGAUAUGGGUACCACCCUGCAUGCAACCAACAGCUCAGAGUUUCAAGUGUCUGAGUUCAUCCUGCUGGGAUUCCCAGGCAUUCAUGAGUGGCAACACUGGUUCUCCUUGCCCAUGGCUCUGCUUUACCUUGUAGCUCUUGGUGCUAAUCUCCUUAUCUUGAUCACCAUCUACCAUGAGCCUAGCCUGCAUCAGCCAAUGUAUCAGUUUCUUGGUAUCUUAGCUGCAGUAGAUAUUGGCCUGGCUACCACCAGCAUGCCCAAGAUCCUGGCCAUCCUGUGGUUUGAUGCCAAGGCCAUCAGCCUCCCUGAGUGUUUUGCUCAGAUCUAUGCUAUCCAUUCUUUUAUGUGCAUGGAGUCGGGCAUCUUUCUAUGCAUGGCAGUGGAUAGAUAUGUAGCCAUUUGUUAUCCCCUUCAGUAUCCUUCCAUAGUCACUGAAGCUUUUGUAAUCAAAGCCACACUAUCCAUGCUUCUCAGGAAUGGACUGCUAACCAUCCCAGUGCCUAUACUAGCUGCACAGAGACAAUACUGUUCCAGGAAUGAAAUUGAUCACUGCUUGUGCUCUAACUUGGGGGUCACUAGUCUGGCCUGUGAUGAUAUCACUGUUAACAGGUUCUACCAGUUAGCUUUGGCCUGGCUUAUGGUUGGAAGUGACAUGAUUCUGGUCUUUACUUCUUAUGCUUUGAUUAUUCGCACAGUGCUGAGGCUGAAUUCCACUGAAGCAAUAUCUAAGGCCCUCAGUACCUGCAGCUCCCACCUCAUCCUCAUUCUGUUCUAUUACACAGCUAUUAUUUUAGUAUCUGUCACUCACCUAGCAAAAAGAAAGGUUCCCCUCAUCCCUGUUCUCCUCAAUGUGCUGCAUAUUGUCAUUCCCCCAUCUCUCAACCCCAUGGUAUAUGCCCUUAGGACACAGGAGCUGAGGGUUGGCUUCCAGAGAGUGCUGGGCUUGAGUGAGUUUGUGUCUAGGAAGUAAAACUCACUAUAGAUGACAGAACACCAAAUGCAGUAUUGCAGAAAAAGAAAGCAUAGACUUUGAGCCCAAAAUACAGGGUUAAAAAUUCCAUUUCUCCCAAUUUCCAGGGGUAUUGACUCAAACUCAUCUACUUUGUAUAGUACAAUGCAUGUACAAAGUACUGCUGGAAGCUUUUUGCAAUGUUAAUUCUCACUUCCUGUGACAUCCUCUGGUGCAAGUAUAGUUCUUUGUAAGUUCUGCAGAUGUGAAUAAUGAAUAGAGAAACUUUACCAAGGUUAACUAGAAAGUUAACAACAUGAGAUUUGAACCUAGAUAGUCUCCAGAGUCUCUGCUCUUAACCCUUUCUCUCC